UAAAUUUGUUCCUCCCUCUGUCUCUCUCUCUCUAAACAUCUUCCUCAACCUUUCCUUUCUCCCCACUUGAUUCUUCUUGUUUUCUAUUCGCUCUAGGUUUGAAUAUAUUGCGCCUCGCUUUCCUACCCUCACUUAUAAUACAUUUCUUUCAUUUUUUAUACUGUUUUUGCUGUUCCAAUAUUAUUAUUUUUUUUCUUGGUUUCCUGUUUCCUUCUCUGCUCUAGUGUAUGUAGUAUGGCUGGUUUAGAUUUAAGCUCAGCUUCCCACUUCGUCUCUCCGCUCCACCGCCCCAACCUCCACCUCCACCGCCCCCCUGAAUCCGACGAUAUCGACUCCAACCCCAAGCAGUUCUCCGGCGACAACUCCGACCUCGCCACCUCCGCCGGCGAGGCGGCGGCCCGCCGCCAGCGCGGCCGCCCCGCCGGCUCGAAGAACAAGCCGAAGCCGCCCGUGAUCAUCACGCGCGAGAGCGCCAACACCCUCCGCGCCCACAUACUGGAGGUGGCCAGCGGCUGCGACGUCUUCGAGGCCGUCGCCGCCUACGCCACCAGGCGGCAGCGCGGGAUCUGCAUUCUCAGCGGCACCGGCACCGUCACCAACGUCAGCCUCCGGCAGCCGGCCUCCGCGGGGAGCGUCGCCUCGCUCCACGGCCGCUUCGAGAUCCUGUCCCUGUCUGGCUCGUUCCUUCCCCCGCCGGCGCCGCCGGGCGCCACCAGCCUCACGAUAUACCUAGCCGGCGGGCAGGGGCAGGUCGUGGGCGGGAAUGUGGUGGGGGCGCUGAUGGCGUCGGGGCCGGUCAUCAUCAUAGCGGCGUCGUUCACCAACGUGGCCUACGAGCGGCUGCCGUUGGAAGAGGAGGAGGAGCCCGGAGUUCAGAUGCAGCCGCCCGAGGGAGGGAUUCAGUUCCCUGAUCCCUCCCUCGGGCUGCCUUUCUUCAACGGGCAGCUCCCCGUUGACGGUGCAUGGGCGGCUGCCCGCCCGCCGCCGUAUUAGGGUUAAUAAGGUGAGAUUCUAUCAUGUCAUCGUCGUCGAUCGUCUCUGUACAUUUGCUUCAUCAUCAAAUUGUUUCCUGCUUUUCAACCCUUAAUUAAUUUAGGCCUUGCUGUCAUUUGUGGUUUGACAAAGAGAAAAAAAAAAGAGAUUUGGAUGAGUUGAGAAAAUUA